GGCUAAUACAACGGCAUCAUGUUAAUUAUAUCAAAAAGUGGGCUAAUACAAUAGUUUUAAAAAACCGUUGCAUUAGGCCAGCUAAUCCAACGGCUCAUUUUGGCUAAUCCAACGGCACAUUCUAAUCCUACGUCCUCCUAGGCUAAUCCAACGACAAAAUGGCUAAUGCAACGGCACCGUUUUUAUAUAGGCGCCAAAAUGAAAUAUUCAGUUAUUAACUUCCCUCCUCAUUUUUCCCCAAAUAUUCCUCUCCCUACGCACGAUACGCAGGCCAUCCAUAUUCUUCCCUAAUUCUCAUUUUGAGCUCUACCUUCAUCGUUAACGUCGUUCAAUCAGUCUUCACCGUUAACCAUUUUUAGCUCUGCUUUCACGAUUCAUUCUUCUUUACAUUUUAAUUUCACCUAACUAUGUUCACAAAUUCACAUUUUUUUCCAAAUUCACGAUUCGCCCAGCUUUGUUCAAAAGUAGAUCAGGCGAAGGAAGGCAAUGGCGGUAGCAAUGGUGGUGGCUGAUUGCUCGACUCUUGCAUGUCACAAAUUUCCUCGGAUCUUUUAAGGGCCUUCGGGUGGGUCUUAAUUUAGCUUUGGCUAUUGCUCUGCAAAACAUUCCUGAGGUAUAGUUGCCCAUCCUCUCAAAUGAUGAGAGUACCUUUAUAAUACAUAUUUUGAUUGUGCAUAUGCAAAUGCAACAGUAAGGUUAUAACUAGCCAUACUUAACAUUCAAUUUAUAACUAGUUCAUUCUUAACAUUCAACUUAUUAGAGAUUUUGAGUUGUUGCUUGGUGGAGAUUAUGCCGUUCUUAGUGAUUGCUUGUUCUUGUGCCACAAACUAUGUUUCUGCUGUCAUGAGAUACUAUUUUAGUUUUAGAAUUACUUUAUUUAGUUUGUUAAUGCAUUCUAGCAAGUGGCAAGCAUUUAAGAUAGCAUCACUCUCUGGUUUGGCGGAGCCCUUGGGUGUUAUACUUGUAGCAUACCUAUUCCCAAACAGUUUAAAUCCUGAGAUUCUUGAUGGCCUUUUAGGAUCAGUUGGUGGAGUGAUGGCAUUCCUCACCUUACAGGAGAUGUUGCCUCUAGCGUUUGAUUAUGCUGGCCAAAAACAAGCUGUGAAGGCUGUUUUCUUUGGCAUGGCUUUUAUGUCAGCAAAGUGCAUGGCGAGCUAGAUGGAGAUGAAUGAAGUACAAUGAUUAUAUAUUGUCAUCCAACAAAUGGAGCAUACACGUCGGUGACUAGUUUUAUUUAGUUCGAGCAUGUGAUGAUUAUGAUUUGUAUUUUGGACGAUUUUUAAUUAGUAAACUUUUAUUAUUUAUUAUUAGUUAGUAUCAAUAGUGUAACAUAUAUAUGGAAACAAUAUUUUGUAAUGUAACGUACAUA